UGGGGUGCAGCCCGGCGUUGUGGGGCAAAAAGAACACCGAAGGGCUCUCCAGACGUUGACAGUCGACGAUUUAAGACCCUGCUAGAAUUUGUAUGUGAAGCAUUUCCAGACCCUCCAACCAACUCAACAUCAGCUACUUCUCUGUGUCCUGAUUAAGGUCCUCCCAAGAAAGACUUCAUUGGAUCCACGCUCAAGAGGACUCUACCAGGUUUUCCUGACCCCCCUCCAUCACUGUAAAGUGCCAAGGCAUUAAGACUUGGGUACCUGUAUUACAACAACAAGUGCCAGCGCCCACAAAAGACCCAUUGGACCUGUCCGCUCCUCUGUUUCACCAAGGAGACGAAAUAAUUUACCAGCAAAGCAGAGUAAGCCGAGUGCCUCUGCAUGAUACCACCAGCUGAUAACACACAAGGAGAAAUAACUAAUUUAGACUAGAGCCCCAUCUUUUCUUGAGAAGCUGGGAUUUCAAGGAACUAUUCUGAGAUCUGUGCUGCUAAUAAGCGACUGACAACAUUAUAGACGAAAUCGGUCCCUGGGUUCAGAGACUGAGUUGCAGUUGAGUGAAAAACAGACAACGAAAUCUUGAAGAAUUGCACGGAGGUGCAAGCCAAAUUUAACUCUGGUUGCCAAGUAUUUUCAGACUGAGACAUUGCUAAACCAGACCUGUAAUAGGACCUGGUUAUUUGGGUAUCUGUGUCAUUGUUGCCUCUUACUGUUACAUUGCUUUCUGUGUUGUUUUUCUAGGCCCAGAUGUUCUCAGAUAAUUCACAUUGCCCUGACUGUGGACAACAGUGGUUCCCUAGUUUAGAACUAGGCCAUUGGUUGUACCAGACUGAACUUGUUGAAAAUGAAUGUUACCAAGUAUUCUUAGACCGUAUUAACAGAGCUGAUUAUUGCCCUGAGUGUUACCCUGAUAACCCUGCUAAUAGAAGUCUUGUUCUUCCUUGGUCUUUCCCACUUGAGUGGGCUCCCCAAAAUCUUACCAGAUGGACCUUUGAAAAAGCUUGCCACCCAUUUCUUCUGGGUCCUCCACUGGUUAGAAAAAGGAUCCAUGACUCUAGAGUAGCUGGUUUUAACCCUGCAUUGCAGUUAAUCUUGACCAGAACAGAUAAAACCUUGAACAAAAAACUUGGCCAAAACAAAUAACUUCUUAAACAUUCAAAAUCAUGGAGACUCUAGAGUUUUGUACUCGUAGCCCAAGGAAGAUGGAAGAAAGACUCCUUUCUAAAUAUGAUAUAGACCGUCACUACCUUGGGGACCUGCUUAUUAAAUUGUUGGAUCUGCUCCCAUGGUCUACACAUAUUUUGUUCAGCAUGAAUUUAGUUAGUAUUCCAGCCAGACCGUUCAUCUAGAACCAGUCUAAUCCAUGUUCCCUAUGUUUUGGAAUUUGCUUACCCCUCCUAGAAAGCUCCACAGCCUUAUUGUGGACAUAUGACAGGGUAGUCCUGGAGGAGAGGCCCUAUACUGUGUGUACCAUAAUGAUACUUCUCGUGAUAACUUUUGUGGGAAAGCAUCCUUAAUAGCUGGAUUGUAGAUUAUUCCAGUAAAACAGCUAGAUAUUUUAAUAAGAAACUACAUUGUUCUAAAUUCCAUCUCUUAUACAUUAACCCGUGGUAACACUUACAUAGGUUAUACAAAAACGUACAGAAAUACCAUUAUCUAUAUUCACUUGGCUCUGCAUAAGCAAAGACUAUCCUGUCUUUGUGGUGACUGAACUUAGAAUGUCUUCCCCUGGAAAUGGAAAAGUACUUAUACUAUGAUACGAGAUAGAUGAUGAAAGGAGGUAUCAAGCUUGACUCCAUAGAUACUAUGAACAGUCUAAGGGAAGCAUCUCUCUCAGAACUAAGAAUGUUUUGCUGGACAUUGACCACAUUCUCGUCUUCACUUGUUUAUGAGAAUCAUGGAACCACAGUAUAGGAGAAACGUAGAAAAAUCUGUUGAAAACAUCUCAGAGGCCACUGAACAAUUGUAAAAUCCCUCUUGAGAUACUAGAUAAUUUAGUGCUUGUGUAGCGGCUCAACAAUGUUCAUAAGGUCCCAGGCUCUUUCUGUUCUUCCCCCCCUGGGAUCCUUAUGGAAGCUUUUUGUCCUUAUAGUUGUUUCCCCAGUGAGUACAGCGUGGCUGUUGCUGUUACAGACAUUUCAUUCCCAAUCAAAGGCUGGAAGUAGGACACAGAAUGCUUUUUCCUUUCAAGUCUUUUUUAUUUGGGAAAAAAAUAUUUCUCUGAAGUCCCUUGCAGAUUUUCUUCUUAAAUCUCAUUAGAAGGUACUGGUUCACAAGAGAGCCUGAGAGGCCUGGCAAAGGGGAAUGGGGUGAGCAAUGCCUGGGUAGGAUAUAUUGUGUCCCCUAAUAAAAUCAGGGCUCUUUUAGGAAGGGAUAAGCAAGGAAUGGCUGUUGGUAUGCGACAAAUGCCUACCACAUGUUGUGCAACCUGAAGUUAUUUGUUAUUCUGUAUAAAGGAUGUACCCUGGAGAUCUACCCUGUAUCUGCCUUAUGUCUAUCAAAAUGGAACUUCUCUCUUGUUACAUUGCUGAAUAAAGUGUGUGGACUGCUAUAUUGAGUGAAGACUAGUUAGUUUAUCAUUAACCCUUGGUUAAUAACUCCCUUCACUAUCCUAAAGCUCUUUCUAAAAAGUGAAGUUUUAUUUAGAGGUAUUGCUUUUGAUCAAUAUUAUUGUCGCCUAAAUGUUUUCAAACACAUACUGACAAACACUCUACAUAUGUGCAAUUUUAAGUAUCGGCAAAAUGUUUUAACCAAAGAUGGUUUUAACUAAUGUCUCCUUUAAAUAGUAGAAAAAAUGAAAUGGAUAUGUACUGUUGAUUUUCAGACUAAUACCUAGAUGAGCUUGUGAAGAUAUGCAGAUUUCUUGAUCUCACAGAAAUUUUGAUUCCUUAGGUUGCUCUUGGGGCCCAGGAAUCUGCAUUUAUAAAUAGUGCUGCAGGAGAUUCUUAUGCAGGUGCUGUAUGGAUACUUUGAGAAUUACAGUGGCAGCACCUCUGUGGUGUUUAGUUAUCUGGCUUUAAAAGGAAGGAAACUGAGUACUCACAAUACUGCAUGGUAGUGAUAAUUAUUGUAUUUUGCUAGUGACAUUUAACGAGGUUUCGUGUCAGACUAAAGGUUGCUGUUGAUAUUUCUGGUUAUAAGUCAGUCACAUUUUUCUCGAAGUACAAAUAUGUUCUAAAAUUAAUUCUCAAGACAAAUGAUCUAGAGGGUUAUCCAACAUUUUAGAUUAUGUGAGCCGAAUUAAUCUGCUUCCAUACUGUGGCAGAGUUGAUACUGCUACUUAUAUAUAAUGGUGGCCAUUUUAAAAAUGACUUUUAUGAGUACUUCCUGUUAUUUGAUGGCAGACUUAGGAGUGGAAAGUUAAAAGAAACAUGCUGGGGUAGCCUGGGAAAGAAAUAUCUUCUGAAGAGGAGGGUAUCUUGGGUUGUGGGUGACUGAGUUAAGAUCUCUAAGUGAUCGGAGAAGGAAGCCCAGGCAGGCAGGAAGGCAUAAAAGAAUUGCGUGGAGUCCGGAGUAUGUGGCAAUCAGCAUACUACAUAUAUCUGUAAGAGUGAGAUGAGCCAUAUGCCCUUCCGUCUCUUCAGUCUUUGACAGCCCUUGAUUCUCCACGGAAUCUUAACACAACUUGAAAAUUGCUUAUUACAGAGGAAAAACAAUGGCCUUUGCAGCCAGUUGACCUGUGUUCAUCUUCGAAUUCUGGCACUGUUAAAUGACUUUGGGCAUUUUAACCUCUCUCUUCAGUUUCUUCAUCUGUCAAAUAGUGCAGUAAUAACCUACCUCAUAGUGUUCUGGGGUUGAAUGUGAUAAUAUAUGCCAAACAUAUGGCACAUAGUAAGUCUUUAGGACUAGAAAAAGUAUAGGAGAACAGGUAGAACUCAGAAGUGUAGGGAUAAGGAUAGAGUCUUAAUUUUAGAACUGGGAUUAAAUCCAAUUGUUAGAGCUCAAUCCUGAAUUACCAAAAACUUCUUAAGUCCCUUCCAAUGAAGGACUCCCUUGAUCUUGGUACUGAGGUUGACGUUGUAGUUGAGUCCAGUGGUGUUAGGUAUAAAGAUUAAGAAGCCUAUGGGGAUGGAUGCUCUCAAGGAAAUCCUUGUCACAUUUUUUAGGCCCGUUUACAGUCAUAAUUGUGGUAGAUGUAAUUGCUGUGUGAUUUGUUCUAUCACCUGAGACUUUCCACAACACUAAAAUAAGCUGUUUGAGAAAAUUUGAAGGAUAUGUGCAGAAUCACCCAGGUCAUAUGUGCUAGAGUCACAAUUCAGACCUAGAUUCAGGGUACUUUGCAGUAUGUUCACUACAAGUUUUUUUUUUAGUGUCACGGUUAAAAGCUUGGGUCCCACCAUCAGAUUGAGUUCAAAUCCUGACUCUGCCUUUACUAGUUGUGUGUUCCUGGGUAAGGUUCUUAACCUCUCUGUAUGUCCAUUUCCUUGUCUGUAAAAUAGUAAUAAGACUAUUAAUCCAUAUAUCAUAAGACUGUUGUGAAGAUUAAAUGAAUUAAUACAUGAAAUGCUUUGGAUGCUGCUCGGCAUAAAGAAGACGUUCAAUAAAUGUUAGCUAUAUA